AUGGCUGAGUUUGGAGACUUCAUAAGUGCUCUGGGGGAGUUUGGGCUGUACCAGAAAUUGCUGGUACUGCUCAUCUCCAUCCCACUGCUUCUUAAUCCUUUCCAAAUGAUUGGCCAAGUGUUCAUGGUUCUGGAUGAGCCUCAUCACUGCAACACCAGCUGGAUCCGUGCCAUCGGCCCCAACCUGACAGAGGAAGAGCAGCUGAACCUCACCCUGCCCCGGGAUGCGGAUGGGGCGUACGAGCAGUGCUCCAUGUACUCGCCAGUGGACUGGGACCUCGACUCCAUCGUGGCGUAUGGCCUGAACGCCACGGAGAAGUGCAGCCGUGGCUGGGUGUACCCCUCAGCACAGGCACCGUCCCUGCUGACCGAGUUUGACCUGGUGUGCGACAGGAAGGACCUGAAUGACAUCUCCCAUUCCAUCUACAUGGUGGGGCUUCUCCUAGGAUCCAUCAUCUUUGGGCCACUAAGUGACAGAAUAGGCCGUCGGACAGUCUUUCUGAUCUCCAUCCUCAUCCAAGGCUUGUUUGGGGUAGCAAUCGCCUUUGUGCCCGAUUUCUAUGUGUACAUGGCCUUCAGGUGUGUUGUGGGGGCUUCGGUGUCAGGAAUUAUGAUUACUGCCUUGGCCUUUGCUACAGAAUGGGUCGGUGUUUCCCAGCGGUCAAAGGCAGUGCUUAUUUCUCACUGCUGUUUCGCUAUCGGUCAGAUUAUUAUCCCUGGCUUGAGUUACGCUAUUCAC